AUGGCAAUGCGUUUCAUGAAGGUGGAAGUCAAUAAUGGAGCAUCGACAUCCUUCUGGUUUGAUCAAUGGUCCCCUCGUGGCAGAUUGAUUGACACAACAAAUGGAAGAGGCAUGAUAAAUAUGGGCAUUAAGCUUAAUGAUACAGUGGAAAAGGCUAUCAACUCUCACCGCAGAAGGAGACAUCGAGAGGAAAUUUUCAACACGAUAGAAGAGGAGAUAUUGACACUGCGUCUGCGAGGUCUAAAUCACAAUGAGGAUGUCUGUCUGUGGAAAGCAGGAGAUAAUAUUUACAAAGCAGAUUUUAGUUCUAAAGCGACAUGGAACCUCAUCCGUGUUGAGCAAGCUAAAGUCGACUGGUACAAAGGCAUUUGGUUCCCCUGCAACACACCUCGAUACUCCUUUAUGGCUUGGAUUGCGGUUCAAAAUAGACUCCCCACGGGUGAUAGGAUCUUAGCCUGGAAUGUGCCUGCGCCAACAGCAUGUUCCCUCUGUUCAGAGCCGCUUGAAACUCGCAAUCACCUGUUUUACAAGUGCAAAUAUUCAGAAGAAGUUUGGAAGAAUCUUACUAAUAAGCUACUGUCAGUGCACUAUACAAAUGAUUGGGAGGAGAUCAUCCGGCUUCUCAAGGACCAGAAAUGGACCUCGACCCGAUUAUUUCUGCUCAGGUAUGUGUUCCAGACGACACUAUCAACUAUUUGGAAAGAGAGGAAUGGGAUAAGGCAUGGAGAACUCUCCAACAACCCUGCAACUUUGAUCAAAAACGUGGACAAAGCUGUCCGAAACCGCAUAUCCAGUUUGCGUUCUAUGGGAAUUCGCAAGCACAACAAAGCCAUGGAAACAUGGUUUUCAUUUAGAUAA